AUGGAUAGCGAGGAGAGACCAAACAAGAUGCGCAAGUUGGGUCAUCUGAUGGAAGAGGAAGACCCAGCAGCCAGCGUUGGUGCCACUCCAGCGUAUACGACUCCCGUCGAUUCUCCAGCUCCAACCACUACGGAAGAUGUCGAUGCUAUGGAACCAGAAGCCGGACCUUCCAAGUUGAGGAACCGACACUUAGAUCUAGAGGAUGCGGCAGCAAGCGUAGGUGCAACGCCCUCAUACACAUCUCCCGUGGACUCUCCAGCUCCAACAGAAGCUAGCGAAGCUGUGGAGUCCGAAACAAGACCGGCAAAGAUACGCAAGCUUGGCCACCUCCAAGAAGAGGCAGCGGCAAGUGUUGGUGUCACUCCCUCCUACACAACACCCGUGGGCUCUCCCGGUCCCGUGACUACAUCCAACAGUGAAUCAGCGAUCGUCGCUGAUGAAGCAAGUGGCGGCACCAUCGAAGAACCCAAGAUCUCCAAGAACCAACUCAAGAAGCAACGCCGUCACGAGCGAUGGGAGUCCGGACGCGAGGACCGCAAACUGAAGCGUAAGGAGAAGGUCAAGGAGAAGAAGGAGCGUCGCCGCGAAGCCUGGGCCGCUGAACAUCAACCUGACGAGAAUGGCGAUAUCCCCAAACUGCCAUCAAAUCGCCCACCGCGUCACACUGCGGGCAACGGCACACAAGUCCCCAUCACAGUAAUCUUUGAUUGCGAUUGGGAAGACCUAAUGUUCGAUGCGGAACUCAAGAGUCUCGGCCUACAAAUCACGCGUUGCUAUUCCGACAACAGGAAGGCGCAAUUCAGGACGCAUCUGGCGCUAAGUUCGUUUGGUGGAAAGAUGAAAGAGCGCUUUGAAGGGAUUUUGGGUAAUCAGCACAAAAGCUGGAAAGGCUUCCGGUUCUUUGAAGAAGACUUUGUCGAAGUCAGUAACAAGAGUCGCGAGUGGAUGACUGGUCCUAGAGGUGGCGUUGUUGCUGGAGCUAUGAAGUCGACCGGCAGCGUCGCCGAGCAAGAGCAGGCUGAAGAUGCAGAGACGACAGAGGAGAAUAAGCCGAGCGACGAGGAAGGCGAGAUUGUCUAUUUGUCAUCGGAAUCCGACAACGUUCUCACAACAUUGAAGCCGAACAGCACAUACAUCAUCGGCGGCCUUGUAGAUAAAAACAGGCACAAGGGUGUAUGCCACAAGCGUGCGGUAGCUCGUGGGAUCAAGACGGCAAAACUGCCUAUCGGAGAGUUCCUAGAGAUGAAGAGCAGGCAGGUGCUUGUCACCAACCAUGUUUUGGAUAUCAUGCUCAAAUGGCUGGAGUUCGGUGACUGGGGCAAGGCGUUCAUGGCCGUGCUUCCAGAGAGGAAGGGGGCCAAGUUGAAAGGAGAAGAAGGGACGACUACCGAGAGCAACGAUACUGAAGAGCAGGUUGAUGAGGAGAUGGCAGAGGCUGCGCAGGAGGUGGAAUCAGCUACAGUGCCCGAGUCUGAGGAGACGGCGGCAGAGACGGCACAAGCUGCGGUGGCGACGGCGACGGCAGCGGUAGUUGAAGAAGCAGCCCAAUAA